AUGUAUCCGGCAGUAGAUGAUUCUUUUCCCGUCACCUCUGUUGUCAGUACAUACGCUACCGGAAGUCCCUCCUUUUCUUCGGCUUGCGAAUCGGCCACCCCUAGCGGCCGUGGCAGUGACGGCGACUACCUCACAGACACGACUGUCUCCGCCACUCAACCAUCGCUGGCUUGUUGGCAGAAGAGCGGACCAGUCAACGAUCUCCACUGUACUCUCUUUGAGGAUUCUGAGCAGUUGGCACUUACCAGUGACUUCUUCGUCAUCCCGUCGGGUAGCCUUCGCGUUGCCAAAUUCAGCGAUAUGCUGCCUAGUUUGAACUCGACACCUAGCGGUCACACUGAGACAAUGGUCGAUGUCUCCGCUGACCAGUCGAAGAACCAUACUGACUUUUCUGUCGGCUACUUGAUCGGCAGGGAUGGCAGUAGUGCCGGUGGUGAUGGUGGUGGCAGCGGUGAUGGUGGUGUUGACUGUGAUGGUACUAUGACGGCGAUGCACGCUAAUACACAGUCGACACUCGCUACCUCUCAUUACACAUUUGCACCUAUCUUCACCUCCAACGUCCUGCCUUCUUUGCCCACUUCCGACUGUCUUUCUCUCAUUCCCAUAACCAACAACUUUGAGGACGUUCCGAACGCCACUACAGACUUCUCAUGCAAUGGCUACCUUAUCUAG